AUGUCGAGGUUUGAAUAUUCACAGGUCCCGGCCGACGAAAAGUCGGAGAAUAAGCGACCAGAAACUCCUCGCAAAAGGUCACUAGCAAGUGCAAUAUUCUUGACAUUAGCUGGAUUCGUUUUGUUUACUGCGUUUACUGCAUUGGUUGUGGGACUUGCAAAGAUUGAAGACGUUCAGCCAACCAACGAGUCUUCCAAUGACAAUUCUGGAUGGGCAAACAAUCAUGAACACGAAACUCGAGCAACCGGUGACCCAUAUCUCAUUGGAGUCGGCAAGGCUGAUAUCACUGGUCCUGUUGUUGAAAUAAACUUUAUGGGCUAUGCUAGUCUCCCACAAGUCGGAACAGGGCUGCGUCAACGCAUUUACUCCCGAGCCUUUAUAGUCGGUGAUGUAAAGACCCCUGCCAACAGAUUUGUCUACCUAGUUCUUGACACAGCAUCUGGGGAUACUGCAAUCAGAUAUGGAAUACUUCAAGGAUUAGCUGCCUUGGGACCAGCAUAUGCAAUCUAUGGGCAAAACAAUGUUGCCGUUACCGGAACACAUCAACAUUCUGGUCCUGGAGCGUACUACAAUUAUCUUUUACCACAAAUUACUUCAUUGGGUUUCGAUAAGCAAAGCUACCAAGCAAUUGUUGAUGGCGCAGUUCUCUCAGUUAAAAGAGCCCAUGAUUCGCUCACUACUGGGUAUCUAACCGCUGGAGAUACAAACAUCACAGAUGCAAAUAUCAACCGUAGUCUUUACGCAUAUCUUGCCAACCCUGCAGCGGAAAGGGCAUUAUAUACGGAUAAUGUUGACAAGACAUUAUCUAUGCUUCGAUUCCAGCGGGCUUCAGAUGGAUUGAAUAUUGGUGUUUUGACAUGGUUCAGUGUUCACGGUACUUCCAUGUUAGAAAACAACACACAUGUUACUGGUGACAAUAAAGGAGUGGCAGCUUAUCUAUUCGAGAAAGCGGCCUUGAAAGACCCUAAAGCCGCCCCAGGUUUCGUCGCUGGUUUCUCACAAUCAAGUGUUGGAGACACCUCACCAAAUGUUCUUGGCGCCUGGUGUGACGAUGGAUCUGGUCAACAAUGUACCCUAGAGAACAGUACUUGUGCCGGUAUCUCCGAAACAUGUCAUGGUAGAGGCCCUGCUUUCCAAGCAUUGGAUUUGGGAACUCAGAGUUGUUAUAUCAUUGGACAGAGACAAUAUAAUGGAGCUCAAGCUCUUUAUAACACAUUGGAUUCGGUCGGUACCCCUAUCGUCGGAGGAAGUGUCAAAUCAUUCCAUUUCUUCCAAGAUAUGCAAUACUAUGACUUCCCUCUCGCAAAUGGAUCGAUUGUCCAAACAUGUCCUGCAGCCUUAGGAUAUUCAUUUGCAGCUGGUACAACCGAUGGACCAGGAGCCUUUGACUUUGUACAAAAUGAUCCAGGUGCGCCCUCAAAUCCUCUUUGGAGUCUGGUAUCUGGUCUUCUCCGAGUGCCAACUGCUCAACAGGUCGCUUGCCAAUAUCCCAAGCCUGUUCUUCUAGAUGUGGGAGAGAUGUCAAGUCCUUAUGCUUGGUCUCCCAAUAUCGUCGACGUACAACUCCUUCGCGUCGGACAACUAAUAAUGAUCAUCUCCCCCUCCGAAGCAACCACCAUGUCCGGCCGACGCUGGAAAUCCGCCAUCUCGGCCGCAGCCGUAUCUUCCAAAAUAACUACCGCCACUCCCAAAGUAGUUCUCGGCGGUCCCGCAAACACAUACGCCCACUACCUCGCCACCCCCGAAGAAUAUUCCAUCCAACGCUACGAAGGUGCUUCGACUUUAUUUGGCCAACAUGAACUAGAUGCUUACAUCCAUCUCACCACAUCCGCCAUUGGAUAUCUCUCCGCUACCAAUACCAGUCAGCCUGCCCCGGGACCCAGUCCACCAAAUAAUGCCAACUCGAGUUUAAGUUUUAUAACCGGGGUAGCAUACGAUAGUGGAUCAUUUGGCAGCGUAUCCGUACAGCCAGCAGCAUCCUACAAGAUCGGAUCUGUAGUAAACACGACAUUUGUGGGAGCUAAUCCUCGCAAUAACUUGAGAUUGGAAGGCACGUUUACGGCGGUUGAACAAUUGGGCUCGAAUGGGAAUUGGACAACGGUGAGAGAUGAUAAGGAUUGGUAUUUGGUGUAUACGUGGACGAGGGUUAAUGGCUUGACGGGUACUAGUAGUGUGGUUGUGAGUUGGGAGACGGGAACUGGAGAUGGAACAACGGCGGGUACCUAUAGGGUUAGGUAUAAUGGGGAUUCAAAGAAUAUUUUGGGCACGAUUAGUCCCUUCACGGCGGUUAGUAAUAGUUUUACCUUGAGUUGA